GUGUGCGUGUCAGUGAUGGAUGGAGAAACAGGCGGUGCUGAGAGAGGUGGAGCCAGGAAGGCGGAGCCUCUGUGUCACUCAGCCCCUCCCACCAAGAGCCUCCUCCUCCACCAGUCUGUGUUCAGUCGACCUUCCAGUCCUCGCAUAAACAAGCCUGGCCCUGCCCACCUCAAGGCUCCGCCCAAGACUCCACGGAGAAUGAGCUUCACCGGAAUCUUCAGGUCGCCCUCCAGGGAAUCACACCCUCAACCUUCAUCUUCAUCAACAUCAGCAUCUGUCCAACUCUUCACAAGCAACAAAAGAGACAAAGCCAGAGCCCACAGCCUCUGCUCCUCCCCUCCUCCUCCCCCUCCUCCUCCUUCUCAGGUGGAGACAAAUGUCUUCCUUCUGGAGACAUAUGUGACUGAGCCGAGACGACCUGAGACCAGGAGACUGCGUUCCUUCUCUUCACCUCCAGACACUUCCUCCUCCUGCUGCCCACAGAGGCCUCCUCUGGCCCCAGCCCUUCCUGUUGGAAACCUGGUGGAGGUUGCAGAUGACAUGUCGGAGCAGGCGGAGCCUGUCGAUGAUGUGUCAGAGAGAGACAUCUACACACGCUUCAUGAAGUGUCAUAAGUGUUAUGACAUCAUCCCGACCAGCUCCAAACUGGUGGUGUUUGAUACGACGCUGCAGGUGAAGAAAGCGUUUUUUGCUCUGGUGGCAAAUGGAGUCAGAGCUGCUCCUCUCUGGGAGAGCAAGAACCAGAGCUUUGUAGGAAUGUUGACCAUCACAGACUUUAUCAACAUCCUGACCAGAUACUACAAAUCUCCAAUGGUUCAGAUCUACGAGCUGGAGGAACAUAAGAUCGAGACCUGGAGAGAACUUUACCUGCAGGAGACGUUUAAACCUCUGGUCCACAUCUCACCUGACACCAGUGUGUUUGACGCCGUGUUCUCACUGAUCAAGAAUAAGAUCCACCGUCUGCCUGUCAUUGACCCAGUCACUGGAAAUGCCCUCUACAUCCUGACACACAAGAGGAUCCUCAAGUUUCUGCAGCUGUUUCUGUGUGAGAUGCCCAUGCCAGCCUUCAUGAAGCAGAGUCUGGAGGAACUCUCUGUGGGAACCUACACCAACAUUGCGUUCAUCCACCCAGACACGCCCCUUAUCACCGCCCUCUCUGUCUUCACUCACCGCAGAGUCUCCGCCCUCCCUGUGGUCGAUCACCAUGGUAAAGUCGUGGACAUCUACUCCAAGUUUGACGUGAUUAACCUGGCAGCAGAGAAAACCUACAAUAAUCUGGAUGUGACAGUGACUCAGGCUCUGAAACACAGGAGUCAGUAUUUUGAAGGAGUCAUGAAGUGUAACAAGAUGGAGGCUCUGGACACCAUUGUGGACCGCAUCGUCAAAGCUGAGUUCUGUGUGUGUGUGUGUGUGUGUGUGUGCGCAGGUUCACAGACUGGUCGUUGUUGAUGAAGAGUCUCGUAUCAUCGGUAUCGUCUCACUGUCAGACAUCCUGCAGGCUCUGGUCCUCACAC